GGGAGGCCGGGAGCCCAGUCCCCCAGCUGGGGGGGCGGGGCCGGCCCCUCCUCCGAGGUCCCCGCCCCCUCCUUCGCCCGGGGCCGGGCUGGGGAGGAGGCGGCACUCUCCGCCGGCCGUGGGAAGGAAAGCCGGGCGUCCCGGAGCUAAGGAGGAGGGGGAAGGCAGACUCCUGGCCGAAGAGACUCUUCGCACUUGGUCAUUUGUUCCUCACUGGAGAAUUUAGCCACAGAGAGUCGCCAAGAUAGCUGGGCCAGGAAGAAAACGUCGAACCCCUGACCCAGACUCCAUCACUGACCCCGGUGGAUUCUGGGUGUCAAGCAAGCGGCUCAAGAUGUCCGGAGGGGCUAGUGCUACAGGCCAACGAAGAUGCCCCCAGGGGCUGGAGGAUGCCACCAACAAGAAGAAACAGAAGGAUCGUGUGAACCAGGAGAGCAAGGAUGGGGAGCCCAAAAGAGUGCCUGCUACAGGGCUGGAAACGUGUACCCUUAGAGAGGAGCAGGAAGUCAAGGAAGCUGAACUGCUACUAGACUGGAAGCAGAAUGCAGACGAAGUGAUUGUGAAGCUGCACGUGGGGUCUGGGCCCUUGCGGAUAGAAGAGAUCAGUACGGCCUUUACAGACACAGACUGUGUGGUGCAGUUACCAGAUGGCCGGCAGUGGAGCGGCAUUUUCUUUGAGGAGAUUGAAAGUUCCUGCAGCAAGGUCCAGGCCCGAAAGGGUGGUAUCCUGCAAUUAUUAUUGCAUAAGAAGAUUCCGCUUCGGACCUGGCCCAACCUCCUGAAAAAGAAACCUAUAAGCCAGGAUUUGGGACCUGGAUCCCAUUGCAAAGAAAAUGGACAAGAGUUGCCCCCCAGUCUUCUGGAACCCGGGUCUAGCCCAGAAUCCCAAAGAGGGAAGCAAGAGUCACGAAAUCAGAAGCGAGCUCAGGGCCGAGGUGAAGUUGGCCUGGGAAUAGGCCCUGGAUCUCAUGCAGGGCCUAGUGCCAAGCGGGCAGUGCACCUCCGGGGAGUUACUGAAGGGGAAGCCUCCAGGGGCAGCCCAGGUCCCCGAGGAGAUGGUUCUCCCUCUUCAGCAGAACCCACAGUUCAGCCUGUUUCAACAGAGCCUGAGGCAUCUGUUGGAGGGCCACGACAGCCAUCCCUGAUGGCCCAUCAUACUCAAGAGUCCAGUCAAGAAGAAAAUCAGGCCCCUUCUCUAGAGAAUACCCUGGGAGGGGAGAAGAUGAUACCCCACCAGAAUGAGAUGGCCUGCCCAGCCCUCCCCCAGGGUAGAGAAGGGGACCAGAACAAGGAAGAGGCAGCAACAGCAGCUUUGGAAACGACAGCUGAGGAGCCCGAGCCCAUGGUGAGCCUGACAUUUGUGAAGAAUGACUCCUAUGAGAAGGGGCCAGAUUCAGUGGUUGUACAUGUGUACGUAAAGGAGAUCUGCCGCAAGACUUCUCGAGUGCUGUUCCGUGAACAGGACUUCACCCUUGUUUUCCGGACCAGUGAUGGGAACUUUCUGCGACUGCACCCAGACUGUGGACCACAUACUAUCUUCCGAUGGCAGGUGAAGCUCAGGAACAUGAUUCAGCCAGAGCAGUGUGUGUAUCACUUCACAUCUUCACGAAUUGACAUCUGUCUCAGGAAGCGGCAGAGUCAGCGCUGGGGGGGCCUGGAGGCUCCAGCCACACGAGGUGCAGUGGGUGGUGCAAAGGUUGCCAUGCCGACAGGCCCAACCCCCCUGGAUGCAGCCCCACCUGGUGGUUCCCCUGUGGCCAGCCAGGAAGAGGCUCGAGUUGGGGAGAAGGAGAAGGUGAAGGCUCGGGCUGAAGAAUCAGGGUUGGACAAUGUAGCAGCCCGUACUCCACCAGAGCACGUGGCCCUGAAGCCAGAACCCCCUCUCACCUCACCCAAGCCCACUUGCAUGGUCCCCCCUAUGCCUCACAGCCCCAUGAGUAGUGAGAGUGUGGAAGAGGAGGAGGAAGAAGAAAAGAAGGUGUGCUUGCCUGGUUUCACAGGCCUUGUCAACUUGGGCAACACCUGCUUCAUGAAUAGUGUCAUCCAGUCCCUGUCUAAUACCCGAGAGCUUCGAGACUACUUCCAUGAUCGCUCUUUCGAGGCAGAGAUAAACUACAGCAAUCCUCUGGGCACGGGGGGACGACUGGCCAUUGGCUUUGCAGUGUUGUUGCGAGCACUGUGGAAGGGCACCCACCACGCCUUCCAGCCUUCCAAGCUGAAGGCCAUUGUAGCAAGCAAGGCCAGCCAGUUCACUGGCUAUGCUCAGCACGAUGCUCAGGAGUUCAUGGCCUUCUUGUUGGAUGGGCUGCAUGAGGACCUAAACCGAAUCCAGAAUAAACCCUACACAGAGACUGUAGAUUCUGAUGGACGUCCUGAUGAGGUGGUUGCUCAGGAGGCAUGGCAACGGCACAAAAUGAGGAACGACUCAUUCAUUGUGGAUCUGUUCCACGGACAGUACAAGUCAAAGCUGGUGUGCCCUGUGUGUUCCAAGGUCUCCAUCACCUUCGACCCCUUCCUGUACCUGCCUGUUCCCCUGCCUCAGAAGCAGAAAGUGCUCACUGUGUACUACUUUGCAAAGGAGCCACACAAGAAGCCUGUCAAGUUCCUGGUGAGCAUCAGCAAAGAGAACUCCAGUGCUAUGGAGGUGCUUGACUCCCUGGCCCAAAGUGUUCAUGUGAAACCUGAGAGCCUUCGGCUAGCUGAGGUGAUUAAGAAUCGAUUUCACCGUGUAUUCCUGCCAUCUCACUCACUGGACACCGUCUCUCCCACUGAUCUGCUCCUUUGCUUUGAAGUGCUCUCCCCAGAGCUGGCCAAGGAGCGAGUAGUCGUCCUUCAGGUGCAGCAGCGCCCUCAGGUGCCCAGUGUCCCCAUUGCUAAGUGUGCUGCCUGCCAGAAGAAGCAGCAGUCUGAGGACGAGAAAUUGAAGCGUUGUACCCGCUGUUACCGUGUCGGCUACUGCAACCAGGUUUGUCAAAAGACUCAUUGGCCAGAUCACAAAGGCCUGUGCCGUCCAGAGAAUAUUGGCUUCCCCUUCUUCAUCAGUGUCCCUGAGUCCCGUCUCACCUAUGCUCGCCUUGCCCAGCUGCUGGAGGGCUAUGCUCGGUACUCAGUGAGCGUGUUUCAGCCACCCUUCCAAUUAGGCCGGGUGUCCCCAGAACAGAGCCCCCAGGUGCUAAGCAGCUCUACACCUCUGGUGCCAAGCACUUUGGAGGCAGGGGAUGGGGACCGGGACUUAAGACCCUCACCAGAAUCCCAAGUGUCCCCUACAGUGGCUGAGCUUGGUGACACAGGUGCCUCAAGGAGUCGGGCACCCCCUGAUCGGGGUUCUAUGCCCAGUCUUGACACAGGCCUCUCAGAGUCAACAGUCAGCAUGCCCAGCGAGGGGGGAUUUUCUAAGGAGUCUGCUGGGGAGAGGUUGCUCAGGCCUGAAGCUGCUGUCCCAGGCUACCAGCACCCAGCUGAGGUCCUGAGCGCCCAUCCACCCCCAUUUUUUAUCAACAAAAUUGAUGCCAACAAUAAAGAGCAAAAGCUGGAAGACAAAGGUGAAGCACCCCUGGAGCUGGGUGAUGACUGCAGCCUGGCCUUGGUGUGGAAGAACAAUGAACGGCUGAAGGAGUUUGUGCUCGUUGGCUCCAAAGAGCUGGAGUGUGUGGAGGACCCCAGCUCGGCCAGCGAGGCAGCCAGGGCUGGCCACUUUACUCUGGAGCAGUGUCUCAAUCUCUUCACCAAGCCUGAGGUGCUAGCCCCAGAAGAAGCCUGGUACUGUCCCAAGUGUAAGCAGCACAGAGAGGCCUCCAAGCAGCUGAUGCUCUGGCGCCUUCCAAAUGUGCUCAUUAUCCAGCUGAAGCGCUUCUCCUUUCGAAGCUUCAUCUGGAGGGAUAAAAUCAAUGACAUGGUGGAAUUUCCUCUCAGGAACCUGGACUUGAGCAAGUUUUGCAUAGGCCAGAAGGAUGACCGGCAACUUCCAACCUAUGACCUGUAUGCAGUCAUCAACCACUACGGGGGCAUGAUUGGGGGCCACUACACCGCAUAUGCCCGCCUGCCAAGUGAUAAGAACAGCCAGCGAAGUGACGUGGGCUGGAGACUAUUUGAUGACAGCACAGUGACCACAGUAGAUGAAAGCCAGGUAGUGACACGCUAUGCCUAUGUCCUCUUCUAUCGUCGGCGAAACUCUCCUGUGGAGAGGCCCCCAAGGGCUCCUUCCACUGACCACCACCCUGAUCUGGGCCCAGCUACUGAGGCGGCCACCAGCCAGGCUUCCCGGAUCUGGCAGGAGCUGGAAGCAGAGGAAGAGCUGGGGCCAGAGGCCUCAGGACGCCUGGGCCACUGGGGGCCCCGAGGCUGGGCAGCCCCACCGAGGCGAGCCCCUGACGCACCAGAUGAGGGCUGCCUCCGCUACUUCGUCCUGGGCACCAUGGCUGCCCUGGUGGCACUCGUCCUCAAUGUAUUCUAUCCACUGGUGUCCCAGAGCCGAUGGAGAUGAGUUGCCCGCCUAUGGGCUGGCCCCUCUGGGGAGUGGAUUGGACCCCAAUGUGGACUCAGGGCCCUGGCUGUGUUCUGUACACUCACGUCUCAGGGCUGCCUGCCAGCCUCCCCCAGGAGAGAAUAGGCUUUUGCCCAGCCAGUUCCUUAUGCCUCAGACCCUGAGCUAUGUCCCUGGGCCACCUGCCUGCUGGGCCCCACCUCUAGCCCCAGGCCAUAAGCAUAAACCUGAGGUUACUGGGAUCCUGUUCUCCCUUCUUGCCUUCCAUCUAUGAGGCCCAGCCCCAGGUCCUUUUUUCCCUUUCCAUGCCCCCUCCUCCCAAGCUACUUUCCUGUAUUUAAUGUGUCAAUAAAGUGAAAUUGUUCCCAGGCUCAGU